AUGCUAUCGAUUCAAUCAAUUGUCUUAUUCCUAUUUAUUUCAUCGACUGCAGUUCAAGGACAAUAUAAAUUUUCCAAUUGCGGUUCGAAUCCGAAUCAACACCACAUCCAAUUAAAAGGUCUUCUAAUAACACCUCAUCCAAUCACGGUACCAGGUUUUGCUUCAUUUAAGCUUGACGUUGAUGUUAGUCAAGAUAUUGUUCAUCCACUUGAGACUAAAUUCGAUUUAAAAGCAACAGCUUUUCUUGUCACUCUACCUAUCAAGUGUGAAAAUGGUGUUGGAUCAUGCACGUAUCAUGAUUGGUGUGUGGCUUGCUCAACAUGUUCCUGUCCUGUAUUCGGUGGUAAGCAAAUAAUGGAAAUACCAAUGAAUUUAACAGCAAGUAUACCUAUCGGCUCAAAAGCAACAGUUACAGCCGAAAUUAAUUUUCGAUCUGCCACAGGUCAAACAGGAUGUGUCAAAAUAACAAACAUUGAUGUGAGAAAAUAA